GUACGUGCUCGUCUCGAACGAUCAACAAAAAAGGAGACUUAGAACAGCCAGGCCGCGGCUGUGGAGUUAUCAGCAUCGUCGUUGUUUGCCUCGAACAAGCAUUGGUCACUUUGUUCAGCGCACUGAAGACAAUGCAAAGAUUGAUCGGAGCCGCUGGACUAUCCUCAAGGCAUGCCCAAACCAGGCUUGUCCAUGAUGUGUCCACUCUUUGCGGAAUUCGAAAACAACCGCUACCAGGUUGGCAACAUCAACCCAUCAGAAUGUCAACACAUCAAGCUAGAUGGUACAACCCAUCUUAUAGUGCACGACAGCGAGCAAGUGGGGACAAAAGCGCAGAAUUCGAUCAUCGUGAUUCGCCAGAGCCGUCCAGGCUUCGAGAUGACCUCCCACCACCGCAUGAUUCGAAAGACCCCGCAUCGUCUUGGUCAGAUGGGGUAGCAGCUCAAGCAGUUGUCGGCUCACUGGCAACUAUCGUCAUUCUAGGUUUCGGCGGGUAUAAAUAUUCCGUAUUGCAGAAGAUGGCAGUAGCUUUCGAGCCUGGCUACGAUCCGGUCUUGGUGCUCAACGAUGCUUCCAAGAAACUUUCUAAUAAGCCAGAGACGGCUCGUCCUACCUUCCAGCGUGCUUACGGUGUGGAUCUCGACGAAGAAGAGCAAGAUAAACAGGUGUCUUGGAUCAACAGACAGGAACAACCUCUUAUCGACCAGAUCGUGCAUGGAACACUGGCAGGCCAGUACUGGUUGAUCACAGGCCCCAAAGGAACCGGCAAAUUCUCAUUGAUUGCCGACGCUAUGGUGAGAAAUUCGGCUGAUGGCGUUGCUGUUUGUGAAUGCAGUGACAACCUCGAGAUUUUCCGAUUACGACUGGGCAGGUGCUUAAACUUUGAGUAUUCUGAAGAUUAUAUAGGAGGUUUAUUCUCGAGGCGUGAUCCUCGAGAGGGAGGUCCUUUGGUCGAUGUUGAGCGUGCACUGAAUAAACUCGAAAAGUUGAGUCGAUAUCAAAGUGCUGCUAUACUUCACCUGCAGCGAAACGAUGAUUCUUAUAGUCUUCUGCUGCAACUACAGCAACGAGCUGAAUGUUGGUCCCAAGCUGGUAUUUUGACCAUGAUUUUCACUUCGGAUGACCACUGGCCAUACUCGCUCCUGCGCAAGAACGCAUCCAGGAUGUCAGUCUUGACAAUCAAAGAUCUGACAAAGUCAGAAACUAUCAGAGCGGUAUGUGUCGAGCGAAAGAAAUUAUGGAACGAAGACCGCAGAGAAGGAGAUGAAGAGAUUGAACAGGUUUGGAAGUUGGUCGGCGGCCGAAUUGGGCAUCUCAGCUGGUGUAUGAAGCAUAAGGACAUGAUCCACGCAGCAAAUAUUAUCAUCGAGCGUGAAAAGCAGUGGCUUCUCUCGCGAAUUGGCUUGAUUGUCGAUUGUGAUGAUGAUGUGAUGGAUGAGCAAAAAUGGUCCUCCAGUUCUUUUCUGUUGAUGCAAUCUUUGGCAAAGCAAGCAGAAGAAGAACACGAAUCGGGAUCGGAUACCGAUGGAUCUACCUUUCAAAAAGGUCUUCUGUACUCAGAAGCCAGACAGAUAAUGACGCGAGCGGAUUUCCUCGAUCAAUUGGAUCAUGAAAACAUGAUCGCCAUCGACAUUGACUAUCGAGUGAGGCCAAACUCGGUGGUCAUGUUGAACGUCAUCAAAGAGAUCUGUAACGAGCCUGAUUUCGACGAAAAAUUGGAAAGCGUGAUGGAGAGAAUAAGUGCUAUUGAGAGCUUAGGACGAACGCGAGAAUUGACUUGGAAGACGGGUAAGAAUGGAGAUGGCAUCAUGAAUAUCAAACUAGAACGUAAUUAAGAUAUCUGCAAAUGUGGAAGAAGCCUCUUGCAUUCAGUUGUAAGACAAGAUACCCCUCUAGAGUCUUCCUGGCAAAAGGUGAGUCUUUUCGGAUGGGCGAAAGAAGGUAGAAUAGUCUCACUCUGUAUGAAUGCUCGACUCCGAGUGAGGAUUCAUGCAAAUAUAUCUGGCUGUUGUAGAAUCAAAUUUGUAUAUAAUAUUUCGGGGACGCAAUUGAUGU